GUUACGGAUUAAACUCACCCGUAAUUUGUGAAAUUCACCGAGUUAGAUAAAAUCCAACCCUAAUCCCAUGCUCCACUCAAGCUAAUUAAAACCUAAAACCCUAAGCAGCCUUUUAAUCUUCUCCACCAAACAGUUUUCCGGACCGGGGAUGAUAAGCGACGCAUCUCUCCCUACCAUGGGAGGCGUGUGCUUAACCAAGGUGGAGGGCAAUUAUCCAGGACAAAGCAAAGCGGCACCAUCGAGAGCUGCUCGUCCGAGGCGGUGGGAUAUUGGGGAAAUCAAACACGCGGUAUCGUCCAACGAGCGUUCAUCGUCCGAGCGGGAUCUGUUCGUCCGAGAGCAAGGCCUCCGUUGGUGCAUCAAUCUCGUCCAAGGGGGAUCUGCCUGCAAAGCGACCCUCUCUACCAUGAGAGCUACUUGCUUAAGCAAGUUCGUCCCACCUGUCAUGGGUAUUGCGCCACAGCAAGCACGAGGUCACUUGCGUUUGGGAAGGCAAAAGCGGAAGCAACCAUGAGGUGGCAUGCUAUCGGGAGGCCAACGCAGGAGCCAUGAGGUGGCUUCCUCUCGUGAGGACAACGCAAAAGCAGGGCUGUUUGCGGUGGGGAAUCAGCCAAAGCGGCUUAGGCAGGAGACCAUGCAGGACCAACAUUAAAAAUACUGUCUCUACUGCGAGAGGUGUUAGCUUAAGCAAGCAUGACCAAUAUUAACGAGAGCCGCUAUGCAAGCAAGUAGGACCAUUAUGUAAGCAAGCAGGAGAUCGAUAGGAGGCGGCCAUGAUUAAGCAGGCAGGAGGAGGGCAUUAUUAGGGCAAAAGCACAUAGUCAAGCCAGUUCCAACGGAAGUAAGGUGAGUGUAAAGGGGGUAAAUUCUACGCCUUACGUACUCUUUUAAGUUUGACGAGCCUUAGGUAUUUGUUGAAGUGAUUGUUAUUGCUUGAUUGUGCUUAUGGUUGAUUAUAUGUGAUUUUGUUUGAGCCAUGUUUGAUGUGAUUGUCCAUGAGUUUUAUUUAAAUUUAAGCUUUGAGUUUAUAAGUUAUUGUUGAACUUAAGAAGCAAGUCCCUUUUAAGAAGUAACUCACUUUCAAGAAGGUGAAGUCGUUUUAAGUGUUUUUAGUCACUAGCGCCAGUCCGUUGCCAUUUGAGAUUUCCAGAUAGAGCAGCAGUUAUGCUCUUGAGAUCUUUGAGACAGAGCAGCAGUUAUGCUCUUGAGACUUUUAAGAUGGGCAGCAGUUAUGCCCUUGUGAAUCAUGGUGAAGAGCCACCACGAUAAGUUUAAGAUGUUAGGGGGAUGAAUCGUUACGACUUCCCUAACUAAGUUUAAGUUUAAGGAAAGCCUUGAUGGCUUCUCAUACGUAUGAGUUGGCAACCGGACUAGCUAGUGAGGGAUCCCCGUGUCAGUCAAGUAUUUAAGUCGAGAUUUGAGCUUUAAGAAUUCAGUUUUAAGAGUUAAGCUUUUUAAUAGUGGAAGCACAAAACAACUUCCACUCAGUUAAGUAAAGUGAUCAAGUAUUAAUAAGGUGUUAAACGUAAGGGCGUAGACUGACCCCAUCUCACUCACCAGUUUGAGGAGCUAGAGGAGCAGUUAGUGAGCAGCAAGUUCGAGGGCAGCCAGCUAGAAGAGAGCAGUAUAAGUGUCACGGAGGAUGCUUAGUCAAAGAUUUCAGUAGCAACAACUUCAGAGAUUAUUAGUUAUAUACAUUUAUGAUUAUGAGUACAGACUGGAGAUUAUUUUGAGAUCAGUUUGAGAUUUUAAAGUUUGAGUUUAAUUUGCCCAUGUGUUAGGGCUUUGCUCUGAGCUACAAGUGUGUGUUUUCAGUAUUUUAUUUAUUAAAAUUUUUCCCAGUCGCCAUUUAAGAUUUGAGUAUUUUAGUUAUCAAGGGCAUUUUAGUAAAAGUAGUACCCGGCCGGGUUAGGGUGUUACAUUUUGGUAUCAGAGCCCGGUCUUCCUCUGUUCCUUGGUCUCCAAGGAAUACUGGAAUAUCGGUCUCAGUUUUCAAGGUUUUUGUUUUUUAAAGGAAAGAAAAAAAUGAGUCAAGGAUCUUCUUUUAAGAGUUUAUAGAAUCUCCAGUCUACUCUAAUCAUAAUAAGGUGAAUAACUAUUUACAACACGACACUACGAGAAGGUAGCGCAAUGGUGCAAUUGGUUUAAGAAUAAGCUAGGACGCGAGUUAAGUUAUCACGUCGUGGGACGUCAAAUAAAAGACUGAGGCGUACGACGAUCAUGAGUGUGAAAGGAAAGAAAAAAAUAAUGUGGCCAACUCUUUUAGAAUCUCAAGAUACAAGGAAAAGGAAGGAGGAACGUUGCAAAGGUCUAUGGAGGUAGGAUCAAAUGUGCGAGGACUUCAACUCCAAGCACCAGCAAAGAGGUACCAAUUGAAAGGGAAUACCUCAAGGAUUUUGAAGGAGUUGAGAGAGUAGUACGAGGAUUUACUACUAGGAAACAAGGGAUGAUCUAAUAAGCUAAGACAAACACA